UCAACCGAUCCAAAGGCUCUUACGGAGGCAGUGAGAACAGCUCUUGACGUUGGUUAUCCACUAAUCGAUACUGCUUUUGUAUAUGGAAACGAAGCAGUUAUUGGAAAUGUGUUGCAUGAAUAUUUCUCGUCCGGCAAAUUGAAACGCGAAGACAUCUUCAUAACGACAAAGCUGCCGUUUCUGGUUCAUCGCCCGGCCGAAAUUGAAGCUGUUGUAGAAAAGCAACUCAAGGAUCUGCAAAUCGAUUACAUCGAUUUGUAUCUCAUUCACGUCCCAUGCCCAUGCAAGCCGCAACCAGGUGGCACACCAGCAACAGGCUAUAAAUCACUUAUCGAGAACGGGCAGCUUGUGCCGGAUCCGGUCGAUCAUGUGGAUACCUGGAAAGCUCUAGAAAAACUCCACAAGGAUGGGAAAUUAAAAGCGAUCGGACUGUCGAAUUUCAAUCAGAAGCAAAUUCAGCACAUUAUCGAUCAUGCAACUGUGAAACCGCAUAAUUUACAGGUAGAGACACAUAUUUACUGGCCGCAGAAAGAAUUGUUUGACUUCUGCAAGAAAAAUGGAAUCACGUUCACGUCAUAUGGGCCAAUUGGUUCGCCAGGGCGAAAAACGUUCAGACCUGAGGGUAACUGGCCUGAAGGAGAGCCCAUGAAAGAUCCUUUAGUUUUGGAGCUUGCCAAAAAAUAUAACAAAACUCCUGCUCAGGUUCCUGCUUUUAUAGCUUCAUUUGCGAAUUCUUGA